GCUCCAGCUAGGAUCUAGUCACAGUGACUGGAUGGAUCACUGGAACUGUUCAACUACAACUCUAUCAAGCUAAAAGUUGUAGUUGCAAAAAUCUCCAAUAAUCAUUACCAAUCACUGAUCAGUAUUUCUUAAGAAAGUAAUUUCGGAUUAUUUAUUUAUUGUUAUAAUUUUUAACUUAACAAUCAUAACUAUUGUUGUCUUAAUUCUUGACAAAAAUGUUCUAUUCAGUGGCCUACUUUACACUUUUAAAAUUCUUUUUAAUAAGCAUGCCUACUAUUAGUUAUGGUAUAACACGUACAAAUUUAGAUACUAAGGAACAAUUACACACAAAAAAAAUAAAUGAAUGUCAGCGUUGUAAAGUAGUAACCGAUUCCUUUAGUAAUUGGCUCGAAGAAACUUCUCGAGGUAAACACGAAGGCGGCGACGCCGCUUGGGAGGAAGCUAAAUUAAAGUCUUAUGCCCGAAGCGAGAUGCGAUUAGUAGAAAUUCAAGAAAGCUUAUGUUCUGAAUUAAAAACUCAUCAAGACGAUUGUUAUGCUUUGUCAGAGGAAGCAGAAUCACUUCUGGAAAAAUGGUGGUUUCAUGAAUAUCAAAACGAUUUAGAUUUAUAUACUUGGCUUUGUAUAGAAAAUUUAAAAUAUUGUUGUCCUGCGAAUCAUUACGGCGAAUCUUGUACUCUUUGUCCGAAUAUUAGAAAUAACAAAAUAUGUGGGGGAAAUGGAAAAUGUGACGGUGAUGGAACACGGAAGGGUGACGGUCGAUGCAUUUGUAAAAGAGGAUUUACAGGCACAGAUUGUGAUGAGUGUUCCCAUAAUUUUUAUAAUGCAAGUAAAGAAUCUUGUAAACCUUGUCAUAAAGCAUGUGAUGGAUGCCACGGUGAUGGCAUAGAAGCUUGUGUCAAAUGUGCUGAUGGUUGGACUUUGAAGUUUGGUAAAUGUAUUGAUAAUAAUGAAUGCUUGGAUUUGUCUAUUUGUAAAAGUAAUGAGUAUUGCAUAAACAAAGAAGGAACAUUUGUUUGUAAAUUGUGUGAUAAGACAUGCAAAACUUGUGAAGGUGCUGGUCCAUCCAGCUGUACAACUUGCUCUCCUAAUCAUGUUUUGUGGAUUGGUAAAUGUAUCGAUGUUAAAUUUCAAAGGGAUCUUUUAAUAAAUUGCUCAAUAAGGAUAGCCUUCUAUUUAUGCUUGGUUAUCUUAGUAAUGUUUUUAUUUAGAAAAUCAAAAUCAUUAGCAUCCCUCACAGUUUUGAUUAUUUCUAUUUUGAUAUAUUAUUCUGAAACAACUUCUGCAGUAAGCUUGAUUAAAAUAAUACCAAAUAUUAAUUAAUAAAAGUAAUUAAUGACACAUUUUUAAAGGUGUAUUAAAAAUACAUUUUAUUGUGAAAGGUACAUAACUACAUUUUAGUAUCAAUUAUAUACAAAAAUUAAAUACAAUUAACAAAAGAAUCAUUUCUUAUUAACAGCAUAUACUUGCCAAAAAAUUAUAAGAAAUGCAGUACAAAACAAAUAUAGUU